GAUUUCCUUCUUUCGGAUUCUAUAAGUUUAUCCUCUUCUUUCUCUUUUCUCAGUUUCUUGAUUUUGUUCAAUCUCAAUAUGGAUGAUGAUGAUCUACAGAGACCGUAUUCGGUUUGUACAAGAGAUGAUCUUAAAGAGAGGAUAACUAAACAGAUCGAUGUUAUAUCCGAGAUCUUCUGCGUUUCAACCUCCGAUGCCACCGUACUCCUCAUGAAACUCCGAUGGAACUCGCAGCUUCUUUCAGAGCGGCUGAGCCAAGAGAACAAGAAACUGUUGACUGAGUCAGGUUUGAAACCAGUUGUUGUUACCGACUCGAACCAAGAUUUGUCCGAUUCUUCUUGUGAUGAGUUUUAUGAGUUCUUUGAUGACGUCGAUGAUGAUGAUGUUAAAGUCUCCACACCCUUUUGUUCUCACAAGUUCUCCACUACUUAUUGGAGUAAGUAUCUUGACAAGAACUUCUUCUCCGUGGAGAAAACCCUAGAUACAAUCUCUUGCCCUCAUCAAGACUGUGGAGCUGCUGUUGGACGGGACACGAUCGAGAAGCUAACGGUGAAGGAUAAAAACAGGUACGAUGAGUACGUUCUGAGAUCUUACCUCGACACAAGCAAGAGACAGGUCAAACAGUGUCCUGCACAGGGCUGCAGUUACUUCAUUGAGUUUCACAAAGGGACCGAUGCUGAAGAGUACGGUUUAAACGUGGUGUGUCUAUGUGGUCACACCUUCUGCUGUAGAUGCAGCCUUGAGACACACAGACCUGUGACAUGCAACAACGCCUCUGAUUGGUUGUCUAGAGACUUACAGAAGCUGUCAGAGGCAUCAGAUAAGUCACUGAGCUUUUUAUGGAUCGAAGCCAACACGGAGCCUUGCCCUCACUGCCUAUCUCCUGUGGAGAUUGGUCUUGGUUCGCUAGACUCCAAGUUCGUUCCUUGUGGCUACUGCAGUGGUAGCUUCUGUUGGGACUGUAUGCAUUCUGAAGAAUCCCACAAAACGGAAUCAGGAACCUAUGGAGACUGUCUUGAACCGGUAGAGCAGGAUCCACUCUGGAACGUAGAAGUGGUGGAUACUUCGUGUUUGGAUCGCUGGGAGGCGUGUGAGGUUUCAUUGGUGGAAGCUAGAUCCGAGCUCCAAGCUUUCAAGGAAUCCGACAACACCAGCGAAGAGUACAUUAGGAUUGUAAGAGAAGGGCUGAUGCUGAUUGUUCAGUGCAGACAGUUCCUUAAAUGGACCUGCGUGUACGAACACAUCCACUUGGAGUACGAGGCCUCAAAGAAGGAGUUUCUGAGGUUCCUACAAGACUAUGCAAACACACUUGUCAAGAGCUACGCGGAGACUUUGAAGGAGGAAACAGGAAAGGGCUUGUCUGCUGCACAGCUUGUUUGCUCGAGGAGCAAUAUACCCGGCGUGACAAGCAGCAUUGGUAACUACUUUUAUAACUUCUCCAAGGCUUUAAAAGAUGGUUUGGACGCUGUGAAGGUGAAGCACUAUGACGACUUUGCUCCUUGCUGGUUGUGUGACCGCUGCAGCUAUGCAAACACUUGGCUUCAUAAGGCGUGUCAGAUGUGCUGUGAAUCUCCUGUGGUGAACAAGUGAUUCGUUUCUUAAUUAGGUUUCUUCUUAAGGAUAGAACAAAAGUAU